AUGGCAGACACACCAGACAAUGAGCACGACACGAGCUCACUGAGGAGUGUUGGAGCGGGAUCCAUAGAUCGGGCCAUGGCCGCGACAAGACUCACCGCCUCGUCUUCGUCCAAUAUUUCCAAUUACGCCUCUAGCGUCUCCAGCGACAACCAGAGCCAGAGUCACGCCUACAGCCAAAAUCUGACAGGGAGCGGAAGCGGGAGUGGGGGUCUUCCUGGAACCCCCGUGAGCCGACGCUCAGGUGGAUGGGAACGGCAAACUCUUUCCCCGGCCGCAGCUGCAAGGGUGAGACACGAUGAUUCCAACAAUGAAGACUAUGCUCCUCAUCAGUCGAGCGGUCUACGGCCCAGCAGCGAACUCUUGGAAGACUCUUCUGACUCCUCAGAUGAAUAUGUUUCAACUUAUAAGCCAUUAAAGACUGCGUCACGCUCAAAACGUUUCUUCCAGUCUAUGGUCAACAAGUUUACCAAAUCUUCUGUUCGUUACGGACACUUGCCAAACAACCAACAAGAACAAGAUAGAAAUGUGAUCCAACACACUGUCAUUAUCAAUGUAUUCAAAGGACAACUUCAGCUAUCACCUCUCGCACCAAGACCAAAACGGGCGCUUGACGUAGGCACAGGGGGCGGAAUAUGGGCAUUGCUAAUCAUUGUUCUGUUACUUACAAUAGCCACAAAACAUCCUUACUGUCAUGUUCUCGGAGUCGACAUUGAUCCCGUUCAUCCUCCAUACACAAAAUCGAACUGCACCUUCAAAGUAAUGGACAUCACACAAGAUUGGGACUUUCCCGGCGGCGGCAACUUCGACUUCAUACACAUCCGACAACUCGGCGAUAUCAACGAUAAGCAGAAGCUUUUUCAGGCAGCUUUCGAUAAUUUGAGACCUGGAGGAUGGGUUGAGUUAACAGAAUGGCUCGCAAUCCUACAGUCGCCCAACCAUUCGCUAGACGGCACAGCAUUUCGCAAAUGGAACAACCUACUUGAGGAGGGACUGCAAAGUUUUGGUGCAACGGUGCUUUACCCGGAAACUUUCAAGUCGUUGCUCCAGAAGACAGGGUUUGAGCCUGUCUUUGAUACAAGAAACGGCGCACCGACGAACGCGUGCUAUCCUGGGAAGAAGCUGCAGCGCAUAGGCCAUUUGAUGACCCAGAACUGGCUCCUUAUCCUCGAGCCGUUAUCAAUGCCCGUUUUUACGCAAGGACUGGGCUGGACCCCUGAGCAAGUACAUGCUCUUCUGGCGGAAGUUCGACGGGAGAUUGGCAACACAAAAUACCACUCCUUCAUGACUCUGUGA